CAAGCCAUGCCUCAUGCGCCCGGCAUCCACAGGAGUUGAGAUAGCCUGGGGAUACAAAAGGCUCAGGGUAUGGUAAUCAUGCUGCUUUGAUCGCUCACAGGAGAUUCCGACCCAACGGGUGUCGCCGGACAAUCACAAUUUGGAACGACAAUGUUGCUAGCGAAGACGCUUGCGCUGCUCGGAGCAACGGUUCUUGCUCGAGCAGCAAGCAAUCUCGACGCCCUAGCUCGUGAUGUCUCCCGCGUGGAAUCCAUCCGCGAGAUCAAGGACGUCCAGCGCUCCUUCGCCCAGCUAGCGCAAUUUGGUCGGUGGAACUCGAUGGCUUCGCUCUUCUCCUCGAACGGCACCUUGAUGUGGGGGAACGCAACAGCCCACGGCCCAGCUGCCGUCGAGACAUGGCUGCGCACCGACGCCGGAAAGAUGGACGGCAUUCAGCCCGGUUCGCUCGACACCAUAGUCAUGGAGAACCCGCUGGUGAAUAUGGCGGCGGAUGGCCAGACCGCAAAAACGCGCUGGAACGGUUUGCGAUUCCAAGGCGACGGCGUCGGGGGCACUAGGAUCCAGGGUGGCAUCUACGAGAACGAGUACGUACGUACGGAAGAGGGGUGGAGGAUAUCAUUGCUGCGAUACUAUGCCAUGUAUGAAGGGCCAUAUUUUCCUGGAUUCAGGAACGUUGGAGGGCGCAGUAUUCCCGUCAUUACGUACCAUUUCACGCCCGAAGACUCUGGGAUACCGAUUCCGCCAGCGGUGGGAGAGGCAUCGAGGACGAAUGUGUCGGUCGAAGGUUUGGAGAGGAGGAUCGCUAGGAUGAAUGAUGAAGACGAUGUGAGGAACUUGAUGCAUGCGCAUGGGUAUUACGUCGAUCGGCGGAUGUGGACCGAUGUUGUGGACCUGCACACAACCAACACAACGGUUCGCGUUACCAAUGGCGCAAAUUAUACGGGACUCGCCGGGGUUCGGCGCGCGUUGGAGCGCAUGGGACCAGAAGGUUUGACGAAAGGCAUCAACAACGACCACCUGAUCUUCGAUAUGAUCGUGGAUGUACAUCCCGAUGGAAAGACAGCUAUCGCUCGAGGAUCCGAGGUCGCGAUGAUCGGAAAUGCCAAUAACCGCACCGCUUCUUGGGAGUUCAACGUUUUCCGCAACCACUUUGUCAAGGAGGAUGGCCUGUGGAAAGUACAGACCAUUGAGACUACUCCGCUCAUUGUCGCCGACUACUACAAAGGAUGGGGAACUGGGGGGCUGAAACCGGCUAACACAUAUAUCCCGCCAUUCCUCGACGCCACUGGCCUGCGAGCAAAGGCUAUCAAGCAGGUUGGUAUCGGCAAGGUAACGAGAUCGGAUCUGGAAGACCUUCAGCGCCGGCUUCAACGCGCAGCGGCCUACGACGGCGCUGAAAACCAAUCGCACGCUUACGGCUACUUCCUUGACGAUAUCGACUGCGCUCGGAUGGGCGCGCUCUUUGCCAAACGCGGCCACAAAGCAUCGCCGUUCGCAGGCUUCUUCAUUACUCCCGAGCGCGUCGCCCAGGCAUGUUUCGCUUCCUACGGUACCAACCGCUCUGCACUCCGUUCCGGCAUCUCUUUCCACUGGCGACCACAGCCAGUCGUUCUCGUCUCUGAAGACGGUCGUUCGGCGACUCUCCGUGCUCGGCUCUUGCAACCAUCCACCGCUGUCAACAAGUCCGGCAGCUUUAACAGCGCCAUCUACCACGACCAGAUGGUCCUCGAAGACGGGAAGUGGAGGCUCUGGAGCGUAACGAUCGACGAGUUUUACUGGCAAUCCUCGUCGUGGGAAGGUGGCUGGUCCGAUGUGAAGCCACGCAACGAGAGCGCGCCCGAUCCCGAACCGGCUUCGUGGACGAAGAAGUAUCCGCCAGACUUAUCGAUUGCAGCUGUGGGGGAUAGGGAGAGCACGUUCCGUGGAGGGAGUGGGAGGUAUAUUGAGUGGCCUGAGAUUCAGAGGAUGUGGUGGCAGUAUCGGAAUCCAGUGAGCGGGAGAGUACCUGAGUACUACUGGCCAGGAUGCGUGCCUUGCAAAGCGAUUCCAGAUUGGGCACUUGAAGCAAACGGCUAUCAGGAGCCGACCACGGGUCCGUCUAUGGGUAAUGGCACUGCUGUGAAUAGAUGAGCGCGGGCGGGAGCUGUGGAUUCUUUACGAUGAUCCGAAAUGUUAGAUCUCGAAGCCCAGUAAAUCCUUCGUAUCGAACUAGAAAGGCCGCCGUAGACGACGCAGCACAUGUUUGAAGGAUCCCAUCCCCGUUACCAUCGUUGCCUGGGCAUCUCGGCGUGCUUUCCUCCACACGAGUCUUCCAUCGAGUCUCGUCGCUCGCCGUGGAGUAAACGAUACAUUGCGAGAUCCAGCAUUAUUCUCUUUUAUCUUUUCCUCGACAAUUUAAUGUCGCGAGGUUGGCGAGUUUUGGGGUUGAGUCUCUGAGUGAGUCACGGCAGUGUGAUUGUUCUUGUGUGCCAAGUCCACUAGAUUAAAGUUAGCCUGGUACUCUUGGCGGCUCU